GGCUGUCCGAGGCUCGAACCGGGAUGCUGACGGCACGUUUCCCCUCACUGGCAUUCUCAAGACGACAUACUUCUGCGUCCCUCCGAACCCGAGGCUGGUAGAAACUAAGGAACCUCAUCGAUGAUCGUCUGUACAAAGUCAGAAACAGCAAGACAUUAACGGCAUGCCGCGGAGCUUGUCAUUGCUUGAGCCCCCGAUAGACGUAGCGCUCCUCACAAGCGCAGCCGCAAAGAGCAUCAGCCUAACGAAAUUAAUCAAUGAUACGGUUGGACCGAUACCGAACUAUCGUCUCGAAUAUCUGCUCCAAAAGGCCUUCGAGAUGGUGGCAGAGCUCAAGAACAUGGGGACAUUGUCCCUGUCCAUCCGGGAAAAGAAGGAUGCGGAGGCACUGCAGAAUCUACGUGCGCGGCAGGACAACGUGAUAGAAUCCCUCACGAUCGAACUGAAACAACUGACACAGCGCGAGACAGGAAGGCAGUUGGGGUCGCUGGGAGGGACCCGCGAGGGCCAAGUAACACGCUUGCAGUAGUACCUGGCACUUGCUGGAGAGGACUCGAAAGGGGUUCCUGCUGAAUUGACCGAUUGGGAAGAUGUCAUUCAACAAAUCGAGCAACCAACCACGGAUGAGCUUCGUAUGACCUCUAACGAGAAGCUAGGGAUGGACAGGGCUGACCAAGCCGUGGCGCUGAACCAGAGAGCCGCUCUUGUAGAUUUUGGGGCCAGCAUCUUGACAGCUAUCCCAGAUAUCGGUGAGCGAGCUGAGCCUCUUAGGGUUGGCAUCUCCAUUGGCUCAAUUACAAAAAACCUUGCUGAGGGCAUGAGUCUUGCAGUGAGUGUGAUGGGACAGGAGGAUUUGAUGCAAUCCGCCGAAGGAGUGCGAGCUUCGCGCAAAGAGAGC